AGCAAUCGUAAACCUAAUUGCUUCUGGGUCCUCGAGUUUCCCUUGUCUUCUUCUUUAUUCCCCUCAAAACCUAAAAGCCCAACGACGAGAGAACCCUAUCUCUUCUCUUCUCCCAUCUCUUUUUAUCUCUUCGCAGCUUUCUCUCUUCUCUCAGAUCUAUAUGUUUUCUCGUCGUUCUCAAUCGUUCCCUUUUUUCUCUCCAUCGGAUUCGUCAGAUCUCAUCGAUCUACAUCGAUUCUUCGCCGUUUCAUCCGAUUUUAUCGUUUCCAGGUCAAAUCCAGGGAUUUGCUAAUUGGUAGGCUAUCUUUCAGCAAACAUGCAUGGUUAUGAAGAAGACCUUGAUGAAGAAGCUGGGUAUGAUGACUAUUACAGCGGUGAUGAGGACCUUGAUGAGUAUGAAGAUGAGGAGGAAGAAGAAGAAAGACAACCUCCAAAGGAAGAAUUAGAAUAUCUUGAAUUGCGCCAAAAGUUGAAGGAAACAUACAAGAAGAACAUGGGGAAAGCAAGUGCUAAUGGUCAAUCUUCACAAGAGAGAAGAAGAAAACUUCCUUAUAACGACUUUGGUUCCUUCUUUGGUCCUUCGCAGCCUGUUAUUUCGUCAAGGGUUAUACAAGAAAGCAAAUCAUUGCUAGAAAAUGAGAUACGGACAGCUAAAAUGUCUAAUUCAAGCCAAACUAAAAAAAGACCUGUUUCAACGAGUGGUUCAGUCGCUAAGAAUGUAUCACAAGAGAAGCGGCCUAGAGUUGUGAAUGAGGUGAGAAGGAAAGUUGAGGCUCUUAAGGAUACAAGAGACUAUUCGUUUUUGUUUUCUGAUGACGCGGAGCUUCCUGUUCCGAAGAAGGAAUCUCUGUCUCGAACUGGCUCCUUUCCUAAUCCUGAGGCUCGAUCUGCUCAAUUAUCAGCGAGGCCCAAACAAUCAUCAGGUGCCAAUGGUAGAACUGCUCAUGGUCCCCCUCGUGAGGAGAAGAGACCUGUUUCAGCGAAUGGACAUUCAAGACCGUCUUCCUCUGGUAGUCAAAUGAAUCAUUCAAGACCGUCUUCCUCUGGUAGCCAAAUGAAUCAUUCAAGACCGUCUUCCUCUGGUAGCCAAAUGAAUCAUUUAAAACAGUCUUCCUCAGGCAGCCAAAUGAGACCGGCUUCCUCAGGCAGCCAAAUGAGACCGGCUUCCUCAGGCAGCCAAAUGCAGUCGAGAGCUGUCUCAGGGAGACCUUCUUCCAUAGGCAGCCAAAUGCAAAAUUCAAGACCGGCUUCUGCUGGUAGCCAAAUGCAACGAAGGACUGCAACUUCAAGCAGCCAAAAACCAGGUUCCUCGACAAACCGUCAAGCACCUAUGAGGCCACCAGGUUCAGCUUCCACAAUGAAUGGUCAGUCAGCUAAUCGGAAUGGCCAACUGAAUUCCAGAUCGGAUUCCCAAAGAUCAGCUCUUGCAAAAGUUCCAGUGGAUCAUAGGAAACCGAUGAGCAGUAGUAAUGGAGUCGGUCCUGGUCGGUCAGCAGCCAUGCCAAGACCUUUGCCUUCUAAGACUUCAUUGGAAAGAAAACCCUCCUUCUCGGCAGGGAAGAGUUCUAUUCAAAGUGCUCAGAGACCGUCCUCAUCAAGACCAAUGUCAUCAGAUCCUAGGCAAAGGGUAGUAGAACAGAGAAAGGUUUCCCGUGACUCUGCCACAACCCGAAUGGUACCAAAAAAAACAGUGCCGACCUCGAAACACCAGAUGAUGAGUAAACCAGGUCUCAAGAGACCUCCCUCACGUGAUAUGGAUCAUGAUAGGAGGGUGGUGAAGAAGAAGAAGCCUGUAAGAAUGACAGAGGAUGAAGAAGCAUUCAACAUGCUUAGACAGUUGUUACCAUCCAAGCGUUUUGCUGGGUAUGACGAUGAUGACAGAGACAUGGAAGCAGGCUUUGAAGAUAUCCAAAAGGAAGAGAGACGAAGUGCAAGAAUCGCAAGGGAGGAAGAUGAAAGAGAACUUCAGCUCUUAGAGGAAGAAGAAAGAAGAGAAAGACUGAGAAAGAAACGGAACCUAAGCCGUUAACAAAGUGUUAGAAGAAUCCUUUUUUGCUCUUUUGUUUUGUUUUAGGACUACAGAUCUUUUUUUAGUGUUUUCUCAUUUAAUCUCUUUGGCCGCUCUUGAGGCAAAAAAGAGUUUAACCCUUUUUUUUUUUUUUUGGUGUUAUCAAAUUAAGGAUCCUUUGUUAUUGGAAUUGUACAAUUAGAUAAUAAUAUCUUUAUUUUGUAGGUGA